AUGCGAAUGAGUUCUCAAUGGAUUGUCGGAAUUCUCAUGUCGACGAAUAUAAAGGCUGCACCUGUCGAAACGAUACACUGUUCGUGCUUCAUCAUGUGUUCGAAGGCCUUAGUACGAUUGACCACACUUUUCAGUGAGUCGAGUGAGACCUACUAUAACACUUUAGAAAAAGAGGAGGAAAAUUUCGCUACCUAA